AUGGCGCAAUCAGGGUACUCGAACCCGCUGAAGAAGUUCAAGCUCGUCUUUCUCGGCGAACAGAGCGUCGGCAAAACCUCCCUGAUCACGCGCUUCAUGUACGACUCUUUCGACAACACCUACCAAGCGACAAUCGGUAUAGACUUCCUGUCCAAGACCAUGUACCUCGAGGACCGCACCGUGCGGUUACAGCUGUGGGACACGGCGGGCCAGGAGCGGUUCCGGAGCCUGAUACCGAGCUACAUCCGCGACUCGAGCGUCGCGGUCGUCGUGUAUGAUAUCACAAACCGCAAGACGUUCGAAAACACGCGCAAAUGGGUCGACGACGUGCGCGGCGAGCGCGGCGUCGACGUCAUCAUCGUGCUAGUCGGCAACAAGACCGACCUGAACGACAAGCGCGAAGUCACGACCGCGCAGGGCGAGGAGGAGGCCAAGAAGCACAACCUCAUGUUCAUCGAGACGAGCGCAAAAGUGGGACAUAACGUCAAGACGCUGUUCAAGCGGAUAGCGCAGGCGUUGCCGGGGAUGGAGGGGGAGGGAAGUAGGGGGGAGAGUCAGAUGAUCGAUGUGAAUAUUAAUCCGACGCCGCAGGCGGAGAACCAGGGGUGUGCUUGCUGA